GCCAUUAUAUUUAUGUGGACACUUCCUUUGCCAAGCAGGGAGAGAAAGCCGUGCUGCUAAGUUCUGAUUUACAGGCUGAGGAAUGGAGCUGCCUCCGCUUGGUCUACCAGAUAACCACGUCUUCAGGGUCUCUGACAGAUCCCAGCCAGCUGAACCUCUAUGUGAGAUUCGAAGAUGAAAGCUUUGAUCGCUUGCUUUGGUCGGCUAAGGAACCUUCAGACAGUUGGCUCAUAGCUAGCCUGGAUUUGCAAAACGGUUCCAAGAAGUUCAAUAUUUUAAUCGAAGGUGUCCUAGGCCAGGGAAAUACAGCCAGCAUUGCCCUCUUUGAAAUCAAGUUGACUACUGGCUACUGUAUUGAAUGUGACUUUGAAGAAAAUCAUCUCUGUGGCUUUGUGAACCGCUGGAAUCCCAAUGUGAACUGGUUUGUUGGAGGAGGAACCAUUCGGAACACCCACUCCAACCUUCCACAGGAUCACACCUUCAAGAGUGAACUGG